ACAGCUGAUUUUGCAAUUGCACAUGAGUAGUCGCUCAGUGCUUUAUGACAUGGACACACGCUGGAAGUGGAGUAAUUUGACGUUCGAGGCGAACGCUUCCAGCAUUUUUGCCUACACCUCUGAGCACGUUGGACACUUGAGGUGUACUUUUAGUUGUUUUGAAAAUAUCCGUGGACAUACCGUCAUAAUUCAGUGGCCCGAUUUCUGGUUUAAUUGGUGUUUGAGCGCGUGGCCGUUCGCUUUUGCCUACACCAUUGCAAUUUAUCCGCCACAGUCAACCUCAUAUGUUUUUACUUUUCCUUUACAAUUAUUUUCAUUUUCAUUUCAUAUCCAGUUGCACACGAUGUCUUAUGGUAGAAGUAUAACAGUGUAGAGAGUAUUCUAGUUGGAGCAACUUUAUUUUUUUUUGUUUCCCCCAAGAAGCAUGACGCGAUUUGCACGGUAGCGAGUUCACCGUAAGAAGUCUAUUGAAUUGUUCUAGCUUGGCGAUAUCGAUUGGUGCUUUUUACUGUCUUUUCGAUUUACCACAAGAUAUGGCAAAUCGCGAUUAGUUGACAUGGCUUCAGGUUUCAACGUUUCUCUGUGUUGCAAACUAACACGAUCGCGAUUCUACUGCAGAAUCCAAAACGAUUGUUAGUAUAUACCUCGAAGAUAUAUUGGAAUCAAAGCUAUAGCGUGAGUUCAACUGCCGAGACCUUGAGGUGAAAAUAUAAGUGCAUUUAUCGGGUCCCCCCAUUUGGACAGAGCAGCAUUUAAUGCCAAACAUCAUGCUAAUAGACAAUUUAUUUGCAAAAUUACGUCCUUAUUUCAAUAAAAUUGCUACUUUGGUUUUUUUCUUCAUCUAUAAGUACCACCAGAUGUUCUGGAGGAUGGAGCUGUUGCAGCAAAAACCGUCUCAUGAGUGUGGGCUUGUGUUUAUGUUUUGACUCAAAGCCCACAAACGUUUAAUUACAUGAUUGAAGUGAUAGUUGACACGAGCUUAUAAUUACAUUUGAAUUAGUAAUUUGUCUGUGCCAUUUUUAUAGUUUCACUUAAUUUUUCAUUUUUGCUGAACAGGUGAAAAUUUUCACACACAUUAAAUUGAGCAAUUCGCAAUGGAAAACCAGCAAAGGACUAAGAUUUUAUUGAACUCAUCCGAAGAUACCUUUCACCGUGCUGCGGGAAUCAUUCUUCAAAUAGGACAGAUAUUUGCAAUUUUUCCAGUAUCUGGUAUCCUCAACAAAAAUUCAAACAAACUAAGAUUUCGAUGGAUAUCGAUAGGAGUGUUGUACUACUUUCUAUUCUUUUGCUUCCAAAUACUAAACUUCCUCUUAUCACUUAGAAGACUUGUAAAAGUUGGUAUGAGUUUCGGAGCUUUCGCUACUGUUUUCUUCUACUUUGUAACACUCUCUGGAGGUUUAAUUAUUUUCCAAAUGGCCAAGAAAUGGCACAGGAUUGUCAAGAGAAUAGAGCAAACUGAAAAGAUCUUCCUUCAUCCGCCAUAUCGGCAAAUUGGACGUACCCUGAGAUGGAAGGUCCAGUCAGUAACUUUGUUUCUGCUAACUGGAGCUGUUUUAGAACACGUGAUGUACUUCGUGGCGAAAUUUUUUAACGCUAAGAUACAGAUUGAGAGGUGCAACCUUCAGAUUCCGAUUUAUGAACAUUAUUUGAAGACCGAGAGAAGGCAUAUAUUCGCAGUCAUACCGUACAAAACCAGUCUAGCGAUCUUCCUCGAAUGGGCCAAUAUAUCCAGUACAAUAUGCUGGUCGUAUUUUGAUAUUUUCUUCACCCUCUUCACUUCUAGCAUGGCUUAUCGUUUCCGACAGAUUACCGAUCGCAUGAAGAGAGCUCGAUUUAAGACUAUGCCAGAUAGUUUCUGGAUAGAACUCCGAUCAAACUUCACACACCUAACAAGUCUUUUGAAUUAUUUGGAUAGAGAGCUAUCAAAUCUGAUAAUUUUAAUUUGCGGAAGUAAUCUAUACUUCAUUUGUCAGCAACUAUUCAAUAGCUUCGGAAUGACGUCCGAUUCUGAACAACUGAACACUAUCUACUUCUGGUUCUCACUCUUAUUUGUCAUCUGCAGAACCCUCACUACGCUAUUCUUCGCGGCAUCAGUCAAUGAGGCCGCCAAAGAGCCUUAUCAAAUACUAAAGACUCUGCCGUACACAUCUUGGACUGUGGAGAUCCAGAGGUUUUCCGACCAACUAAUCAGUGAAGUAAUUGGAUUUUCUGGCAAGAGAUUCUUCUACAUAACACGCACACUAAUUCUAGCGCUAAUUGGUACGAUUGUCACUUAUGAACUCGUACUGUUGGAUCAUAUAGCUGAGGCGCCAGAAGUUAUCCAACGAUCGUGCCAUAUCGCUUACAUCGAGACUGUCCUGCCGACCAAUUUGACAAUCUAAUCAUUCAACAGCAAAGAUUCUGAAUCUAACACCAACUUAAGAUACCGCAUUGAGCUCAAUGUCAUCCUUUGAUAUCGAAUGAACACAGCAUGAAGUACAAGAAAUGGUCAUAAUUAUGAAAUUACAUAAAAUAUUGCAUUAGUGCUCGCGCGCGCAAUUACUAGGCGCUCGCAGUGUUUUGUAGCAUAUUUAAAGCAAAUUACAAAGAGAUCGUCAUUCUUCACCAUUUUAAUCGCUGCAAAGUGGAAAAUUAUUUUGCACUGCAAACGACACUGACAAAAAGAGACUCAAACAAGACAGUUAAAAAAAAACAAUCACAAAAAUGUUCUUGCUGCUGGUUUUGAAUUUCAGAUAAAACAUAAUUUGCGGUCAGAUGUUGCAACUACUUUUUAUUGCCUAUACGUCUUGAACAAGAGGGUGUUUCUGAGCUUUUUUUUCUGCCUCAAGCAUUUGAUUCCAAUGCGCGCAUCAAUCGUUGUGCAAUUGAGCUAAUUAAGCUCUUCAGAACACGAUGUCCUUUUACUUUGAGCUCUUCGAGUUAGCUAUAAUGGGAGCAUAAGAGAUAGGCUCAAUAAUAUUGGAUCUUUUUCUGUACUUCCAAUAUUGCUAAUGGUAGAAUUCAUUGUAAUUGUUGCGUAAUAUUCUCAGUAUAAGCUCUGUCAAUGUACAUUUAAUUUCUCAAUAAUAUUAUUUAAUAAUAUGGUAAGUAAAGUAUAAUAUACACCUUAUGCCUUCCAGUACAUAUAAGAGUUCACUUCUCGUUCGCUAGGGUGUUAAGGAUUGAAAUUUUCAAGAAAAUGUGCUAUUCAUUUCAAAACAAUACCUGGAAAGAGAAUUGAUUUGAAAUUUUGUAAUUAUUCGAAAUUUUAAGGAGAUCAUUGAUAAAUAGGUGAGAUUGUUAAGAAUCUCACCUAAUAAGCACUACCUGGGAGGCAAAGCGGAUCGGAUCUUCAGAUUAAUAAGUUUAGGCUUAGACUGACUUAGAGAAUUGUGGGUAUAGUUCAGACGGGGAAGCCCUCAAACUAGGUGAAUUUUCUCUUUAUUUGGAAAUAGCUAGUUCGUUUAUAAGAUAUGUUUAUAAUUACCUAUUCUAUAUGGCUAAAACAUUAUGAACCAGCUUUUUGUAAAGAGAACGAGAGCAAAUUUCCGUGUCCAAAAAAUUGUUCGUAACCUAAGUCGAGAACGUAGGACAUACAGGUUAGCUACCCAGGCAUGUCGAUCGUCCGCUACUUUACAGGUGCAAAAAGUACAGGUACAAAAA